AGAGAUGGAAGCCGUGCCAGCGAAAUCACGAAUACCAAAACCAAAUACCAGUGCCCAUUGACCAAUGACAAGCAGUCAGUCGCGCCGAGCGCUUCAUAGUGAGAGGAUGUGUAUUGCGUCGUUAUGGUAGACGCGCACACGAUCCUUUGUUUAUUUUCCGUUUGUGUUUUAUUGUAUUAAUAUAAUGUUUGAUAACGACAAUCGUAGUGAUAAUAAGAACGCGGCGUACAGCUAACGCAGUGUACAAAUGGAGUGGUUAAAGCGGUUAUUUGGGCGAGAGGUCCGCGAGGGGAGCAUUCGGGACGCGCCAGAGGAUGGCCUGGAGACUGCACAGGAGCGGCGCCGGCGCUGGCGCAGCGUUUACGUCAUCUACUUCACCAUGUUCCAGAUGUCCCUCGGCUUCAGCAUAGUGCUGACAGGCGUCUGGCCCUACCUUGACAUGCUGCAGCCGGGCACAAACAAGGACAUGCUGGGAGUGGCGGUAGGCGCGAGUCCCCUAGGCCAGCUGCUGCUAUCUCCACUGCUGGGCUUGUGGGCGAAUCGUGUGGGUGUACGCCCGCCGCUCGUCGCCACGCUGGGACUGUUCUCCCUAGCCUCCGCUCUUUACUCGCAGCUGCAUCUGACGAGGCCCUAUGCGGUGUCCUGCAUGAUCGCUGCCAGAUUCCUUAUAGGUGUCAGCUCUUCUAAUGUAGCGGUGGCGCGCGCCUACCUCUCAGCCGCAACCCGGGAGGAGGAGCGCACACGCGCGGUGUCUGCGGUAUCGCUGGCGCAGGUGUUGGGCUUUGUGGCGGGCCCGGCGCUGCAGGCGGCCGCCGCCCCACUAGGCACUUCCAUCAGUGGAGGUCUACGAUUCGACAUGUACAGCGCGCCCGGACUACUCAACGCCGCGCUCGGUCUCAUCAACCUAUUGCUGCUGAUGCCUGGCUGUUUCCAUGUCAGCGAUAUCGCGGUGCGCGAGGCCGUGCAGGCGAGAGGGGAACGAUCAGAAAAAGAAGUGCUGAAAUCCCUAAAGCCGGACUACGUGAGCAGCUGGAUGCUGGUGGGCGCGUUCUUCGUGCUGGUGUUCAACUUCGUGCUGCUGGAGACGCUGGCCAGCACGCUCACCAUGGAGCAGUUCGGGUGGGGCAAGGCGCAGGCGCUGCAGUACCUGGGCGCGCUCAUGUCCGCCGGCGCGCUGGUCGCCUGCCUCGUCUUCGCUGCGAUACCGCCGCUCACUAAGCUGGUGGAGGAACGCGCGCUGAUGCUGUGGGGCGGGUUCCUGCCCGUGGUGGUGGCGUCACUGCUGUGCAUCCCCUGGGGUCCGGGCGCUCCGCCCCUCGCAGACCCCGGAGCCGCGGAAGCCCACGGCGGCUGUCCACAGGAGACGCAGGCGUGGUGCGCGGAGUCUCGCGCGCUGACGCUGACGCAGUUCCUGCUGGCGUACGGCUGCAUGUCUGUGGGCUACCCGCUCGGCGUCACCCUCAUACAGACCAUAUUCUCUAAGGUCCUCGGACCACGACCACAGGGUGUAUGGAUGGGCGUGCUGACGGGCGCGGGAUGCCUGUCUCGCGCGCUGGGCCCCGUGUUCGUGGCGGGGGUGUACGCGCGGAGCGGACCCGCAGCUGCGUUCACC